CAAGCGGACUUCACUGAGGACUCCACCUGUUUCAAAGGCUGCUGUGGCCAUGAACACUCUUCCUGAAAAAGGAUGACAUCUAAAUGUCAGUCUUCAGAUGUCCUGUUGCAAAACCUGACUGCUGGAACCAUGAUGUGGGAGUUGAACCACUCCAAAUCUUCACAGGACGGCGCUGGCAAAAGCUCCAGCUGUGGCUCUGUGUCCGUGUUUUUUCCCAUCACUAUGAUGGUCACCGGAAUGGUCGGAAACUCUCUCGCGAUGCUGCUAGUUUAUAGUGCAUACAGAAAAAAAGAAAAUAAAAGGAAGAAAUCGUUUCUGCUUUGCAUCGGCUCUUUGGCGUUAACUGAUCUUGUCGGCCAACUGCUCACAACUCCGAUUGUCAUUUCGGUGUACAGAGCAGAUCUGAAAUGGAAACGCGUGGACCCUUCGGGAACUCUGUGCGCUUUCUUUGGGGUGUGCAUGACCACUUUUGGUUUGUGUCCACUCUUUUUAGCCAGUGCCAUGGCCGUUGAGAGGGCCUUGGCCAUCACUGCUCCUCACUGGUACUCACAUUACAUGAAAACCAGCGUGACCAAGCAGGUUCUGGUCAUCAUCUGGUGCCUGGUUUUGCUGUUUGCCUUACUGCCCAUUGCUGGGGUUGGAAAGUAUACUUUGCAGUGGCCAGGCACUUGGUGCUUCAUAAGUACAGGUGACAAGGACGUAACGGGAAAUACAUUUUUUGCCACGACUUUUGCGGCAUUGGGGAUAUGUUCUUUGCUGGUCACGUUGUCGUGUAAUGUUGUGACCAUCCGUGCUUUGGUUAUACGUUGCAAAACGAAGGCAACCUCGACCCAGUCAUCUAAGCAAUGGGAGAGGUUAAAUCCCCAUAACACAAGAAAAAAUGUUUGCACCAAUGAUUUUACAUCCUGCCGAUGA